AAAGGCAGCAGGACGGGAACCUGAUUCUGUCUGAACUCUGGCGAGGACGCAUUUUCUUGUAAAGUCAUGGAGAUGUUAGAUCUGGUUCUCCAGACCUCCAGCUCUGUCUCCCUGUGGGGGGCUCUGGUGGUCCUGUUCAUCGUCUACCUCGUCUCAUCCUCCAGCUUCAGCUCCCAGAAGGACAGGAAGGGACCUCCGGGACCAAGACCACUUCCCCUCCUGGGGAACCUGCUGCAGCUGGACCUCAAGAGACCGCACGACACACUACUGAAGCUUUCCAAGACAUAUGGAUCGGUGUUCACCAUCUAUAUGGGACCCCAAAAAGUGGUGGUCCUGGCUGGAUACAAGACGGUGAAGGAGGCGCUGGUCACCAACGCGGAUCAGUUUGGUGAAAGGGAGUCCGUGCGAAUACUCCUCGACACCAACCGGGGCCACGGGAUUUUUACGGCGAACGGCGACUCGUGGAAAGAGAUGCGGCGCUUCGCCUUCACCAACCUGAGAGACUUCGGGAUGGGCAAGAAGGCGUGCGAGGACAAAAUCACAGAGGAAUGUGAGCAGCUUAUUGAGGUGUUUAGGACAUUCAAAGGAGAAGCUUUCGAUACGACGAACCCAAUGAACUACGCGGUCUCUAAUAUUAUCUGCUCCAUGGUUUAUGGCAGCAGAUUUGAGUACGACGACCCGCAGUUUAAAUCUUUGGUCGAUAGAAUGACCAGAAACACUAAACUCAUGGGCUCUCCGUCCAUACAGCUUUACAACAUGUUCCCAUGGAUCUGCAAAUGGACUUUCAACAGAAGAGAAAUCCACAAGAGCUUCGCCUUCAAUAGGAAACAGAACUCUGAGCUUUUCGGACAAUUGAAAGAGACUCUGAACCCACAGAAGUGCCGAGGAUUUGUGGACGCCUUUCUGGUCCGAAAGCAAAACAUGGAGGAAUCUGGGAACACCAACAGCCACUUCCAUGAUGAAAACCUCAUGAUAACGGUCAUGAACCUGUUUGCCGCCGGCACCGACACCACGUCCACGACGCUCAGAUGGGGUCUUCUGUUGAUGGCCAAGUAUCCAAAGAUACAGAACCAGGUCCAGGAGGAGCUGAGCAGGACGAUAGGAAGUCGCCAGGUGCAGGUCGAGGACCGGAAGAACUUGCCCUUCGCAGACGCCGUCAUCCACGAGACGCAGAGGCUGGCCAGCAUCCUCCCCAUGGUAGCGCACAGGACCAGCCAGGACGUCACCUUCCAGGGUCACUUCAUCGAGAAGGGGACCAAAGUGGUUCCUCUCUUGUCAUCCGUCCUGCAUGAUGAGAGUGAGUGGGAGGAGCCUCACAGCUUUCAUCCCGCUCACUUCCUGGACAAAGACGGGAAGUUCAUCAAGCGAGACGCCUUCAUGCCUUUUUCUGCAGGGCGGAGGGUUUGUGUCGGCGAGAGUCUGGCCAGGAUGGAGCUCUUCAUCUUCUUCGUCAGCCUCCUGCAACACUUUCGUUUCACUCCUCCGUCCGGAGUCUCGGAGGACGAACUGGAUCUGACUCCCGGCGUGGGCUUCACCUCAGCCCGGGCCCACAUGCUGUGCGCUGUCUCCUGUGUUUGAGGCUAUGCAGCUUUUGUUGUAUAGUGCAGAUUGUAAUUUGAGCAGCGUUAAAGGGCCGGUACAGAAUGUCGGUACAGCCCUGUCGGAUUGGUCCAAUGAACACCCAGAAGUUUAAAAUGUUCAUGUGUUUAAUACCAAUUGCUAUUUAAAAUUGCAAAUUUCAUGAUUAUUUGUAGAGGACAGUGUUAUACAAAAAAAUGUUGGAUUGUUGGAUAGAAGCUGAACAAAUAUGGUUGAAGUUGUGGUGCAGAUGGAAAUGAGCGUAUUUCAGAUGUAGCGCUAACAACACGCUUUGCUUUUCUAACAUCCAGAAAUCAGGUUGCCUGUAAAACAUUCUGGUCUCGAUAAGCAAGACACAACAAUCUUUGUUUACCCGACUUAUUCCUCAUCAUGUAUGUUGUUGAGGACAAAUACAACUCAAGAGAUGUAACUCCGGACCAAUGGUUAGAAACCGUAGACCCCUAUGGGUUCUGGGGUCUUUAUUGCUAUAAAAAAACAAGCAAAUACAUAUAAUAUAUUAAUGUUGCACAUCAAAAUAAACAACCGAGCCUGGGCUACAAGAAUCAGUCAGCCAUUAAAAAGAAACUCAAACAAAAAACUCACAGAAUGAUAAAUAUAUUAUUAUCAUAAUUCGGCCCACUCAGCAUGGAAGCAGCGACCCUUAGCUGGGUGCUAUCAGAAUAAACCUGGUACCAAAAUGCAUGACCAUUCCGCACACUGAUUCCACACAUGUCUUCCAAAUCCCUCGACACCAAAGCAUCAGGGAGAUAUGAGCCAAAGAACACAGCAACAUGAAUCAUUUAUCCUUUUACAAUCAGCAUAUUCUUUUUACCUUUGUUGAUUACAUGAAUCACAAAGCAUUUUUUUCUGGUAAAUCCAAACUGAUGGAUGUUGUACCUAUACCCUGUGCCUCAUUCAACUCCUCCUGGACAUGCAGAGAUAACAUGUGACCAGGUGUAGGGAAGUUAAUUUCAGCCUAUUACAUUUUCCGUUUCACAAAUCGCAACGCCUUUCUGGAUUCUAUUGACUCCCAGUGAUGUCAAUCUAGUGUUGGUUGGUAGACCUCAAUUCUACUGGCUCUGACGUUUCCAAAGAGGUGUCGUUUUCUGAAAUCGACCCAUCCCCCGCUGAGUUGAGCCGCGCAUAAUUUUUUUUAAUGGAAAAAUAUAGUUUUCUGAAUAAUCUUUUUUUGUUUUUACAAAAAAGUUGGAGAAUGCUGUAUUUGUAUAUAUUGAACACAAUGAGCAACAUACAAGUGAAAUAUAUGGUUUGGCACAUGAGAAAAUUCAAAUCCAAAAUGUCCACUUUGGAGACCUCGUCUAAAUUCUCUUGACUAAAACCUCUCACUUUGUUCUGCUUCACUUUUUCAAAGUCAAACUUUGCAGAGAGAAUGUUCACACAUUUGUAUUUGGCUUGUGCGAGUUUUAAACCUUUCAAAUGCCUCAUUUCAAAAAGAUAGUCAUCCUGGAAGUGCUUUUUUUCAAUUCAGACCUGACAUUUUUAUAUUUUUGCUAUCUGCCAUCUUCAUUUACUCUUAAACAGUAACAUAUAAACUGAUAUUUACACAUCUGAACAAAAUAUUCUUUCUUUUAAUUGUAAAAAUGAUUAAAAUAGCCCUAGUGGUUGCACAGAUACAGCCUUUUUAGUUUAGUUAUGCAAUUUUCGGAGCAGAGGCCUAACAAUAGCUUGGUGCUAUAAACCAGCACAAAAAUAAAAAAAUGACCAAAGAAGCUGCCAUGUUCUGAACUUACACAUUACAAAUGAAAUAAAAGUCAUGUUUUCCUUA